UUCACAAAAUACAGUAGUCAACAGUGGAAAAAAUAAGUAUAGUUAGUUGAAUAUGGUCGGUCAACUAAUAGCUUAUCAAGUCAAACCUUUGUCUCCCCCGAAAUCUAUAUAAAAAAAGCACAAAGAAAAAGAUACCAGUAGGAUAUUUCCCUCAACUUCAUAAAGCGGAAAAAAGAAAAAAGAAAUCCCAAAAGACAAUACAUUUGUUCUUGUCCUUAAAAGUUGAACCACUUUCCCCUUUCCUCUUCAUCUUCUUCUUCAUCUGCAACGUAGAAAGAUGUUUGAAAAUCGUCCUCAUGCUCUUAUCUUCCCUUAUCCAGCACAAGGCCAUAUGCUACCCCUUUUAGACUUCACUCAUCAGCUAUUCAUUCGUGAUAUAGCUAUUACUAUUUUAGUGACCCCCAAAAAUCUUCCUAUUUUAAACCCACUUCUUUCUCAGCACCCAUCAAUUAAUACUCUUAUUUUGCCUUUCCCUUCUCACCCUUCAAUUCCCGACGGCGUUGAGAACGUCAAGGAUCUUCCCGCCGAUGGAUUCCGUUCUAUGAUGUAUACUCUAGGUAAGCUUCAAGAUCCCAUCUUGGACUGGUUCAACAACCACCCUUCGCCGCCGUCGGCCAUAAUUUCCGAUAUGUUUUUGGGGUUCACUCACGAAAUUGCUACCCAGCUUGGUAUUCGCCGGUACGUGUUUUCCACCUCUGGCGCGUUGGCUUUAUCAGUUGUUUAUUCACUUUGGAGUGAAAUGCCCCAAAGGAAAAAUACCAACGAUGAGAAUGAGAUUUUUGAACUCCCUAAUAUUCCGAAUUGCCCAAAAUUCCCUUGGUGGCAGCUGUCUCCUAUUUUUCGUAGCUAUGUUAAAGGAGACCCAAAUUCAGAAUUCAUCAGAAAAAGUUAUCUUGCUGAUAUAGCGAGUCACGGACUCGUUGUCAACACGUUCACGGAGUUGGAAAGUGUGUAUUUAGAUCAUCUGAUGAAAGAUUUGGGCCACGACCGGGUUUGGGCCGUGGGUCCAGUACUGCCUCCCCACGAGGAAAAUGAUACUAAUAAUUUUGGUUCAUCGAACAGAGGUGGUUCGAGCUCUAUUUUGGCUAGUGAAAUAUUAGCGUGGCUCGACACGUGUGAAGAUAACUCGGUUGUGUACGUUUGUUUUGGUAGCCAAGCGGUGUUAACAAACAAGCAAAUGGAGGAGUUAGCAAUAGCGUUGGAGAAAAGUGGUGUCAAAUUCAUUUGGUCAGCUAAACGGGCCACAAAAGGACACGUGUCGAACGAUUACGGCGUGAUUCCAUCUUGGUUUGAGGAAAAAGUAGCCGGAAGGGGAUUGGUUAUUAGAGAUUGGGCCCCUCAAGUCCUUAUCCUAAAGCAUCGAGCCGCUGGCGCAUUCUUAACUCAUUGUGGUUGGAACUCAACGCUCGAAGGCUUAGUUGCGGGUGUACCAAUGUUAACGUGGCCAAUGGGUGCUGACCAAUUUGCAAAUGCGAACCUUUUAGUUGACGAGCAUAAGGUAGCAACUAGAGCUAGUGAAGGUGCAAAAACAAUAUCGAAUUCGGAUGAGUUGGCUAAGUUAUUAGCAGAAGCUGUGGAAGGGAAAGGAGUUGAGCGAAGGGAACGAGCGUCUGAGCUACGAAAAGCUGCAUCGAAUGGAAUUAAAGAAGGUGGGAACUCAUUCAAGGAUUUGGAAAUGUUCGUAAAGCAUUUAAGUGAGGAGGCUACAAAAAUCAAAAGGUUAAACAAACUUUUCGGCCUUGUGAUGUCGAUAGGCAAAUAAAAAUCCAAAAAGUUUGGUGCGCCACAUCACACCAUUGGGAUUAUCUUUUACAAUGCCAAUAUGUAAGGAUUGAUUAUCGAUUCGAUACGUUAUAAUGAUAUAGAGACUAUUUGACUUAGAUAAAUUUAAGUGUUGGAAAGUAUGUCUACAUGUUGAAAUAAAUUUUAUAAUAAGUUGUUACGUAUUGGUUUUAUGAAUAAGUAGUUACAUAUUGAAUGAGA